AUGGGACAUCCCAAGUCUCAAAAGUCCAUAGCAUCGUUGUUUAUAAGCUGUAUUCCGUUUAGUCCCAGUCGGACACCCAGUUCUUCACCAGUCUGUUGUCACAAGUCUCCUUUUGGCGGUCGUGUCCUUCUGUUUACCUUCCCUCACUUCUCAUCUUGCUUUCACUCGCUCUGGUCAGCGAAGCUAGUCGAGAUGAGGGCCUUUUUUGUUCUAAGCUCUUUGGUGCUCAACGUCGCGCUUGCGGCGCCGUCGGGUGAGAUCAGGAAGAGGGACGUAGUGACGAUCCAGAACGCUAUCGUCACAGUAUCAACAGCAGCUUCAAAUCUAGACGUUGCUAUCAGGACACUCAGCUCCGACCCAAGAAGCGCCGAGCCGCUUGUGCCGGCCGUGAUGGAAAUCGAGUUCGCCCUCACCCAAGCGCGCACCGACAUCCUCCCGACGCAGUCGAUCUCGAUUGCCGAAGCCGUCAACCUGCAGACCGCUGCCGACACGCUGACCAAGAGCCUCAAGAUCAUGGUCAUGUCCUCGAUGCUCCAGCGCCAAGCCCUGGACCAGCUCGGCAUGACGCCGAUGCUCCUGAUGUCCUUCAUGAACCAGAACAUGCUCUCCGCCGCGCUCAGCCAGGCAAUCGUGUCCAAGGUCCCAGCCGAGGGAAUCUCGAACGCAGCGUUCGCUCUCGGUGGAGCCAGAGGCGCAGUCAACAUGGGGAUCCUCUCGCUGAGCAAUGCCCCGUUGAUGAUGCCGGCCAACAUGACUCCGCCGCCGCCGCCGACGGCCCCUCAACAGCCGGCUCCUCCUCCUGCGCCAGAGAAUCCUCAACAACCGCCUCCCCAGCAACCGCCUCCUCAACAGCCGGCUCCUCCAGCGGCUGGCGCAACAGCCACAGGACAGGGACAGGGACAAGCGGCACCGCAGGAAAAUCCUGCUUCUUCAGUAAUCACAGCAGAUACGAACAAGACGGCAAGCUAA